AUGAACACACUUCAGUCAAGACCAUAUAAUAAUAACAAAAACUAUAUCAGACCGGUAAAGGACUUCACAGAUUCAACUUCAAAGGCAACAUCGGAUGAUACAGCCUAUGAGACUCCAUACGAUAUAGCUAAGAAGAGACAAUCACAAUUAACUCCAGAACAACCUACACAAUCUACAUUCCAAUCACCUGCUGUUGAAAGAGCUUUGAGUGAAGUACCGCAAUAUGAAUUAGAUGCACAAAGAAAGAAAGCUGAUUUCCAUAUAAAACUAGUUGUUGUUGGUGAUGGUGGUUGUGGUAAAACUUGUUUAUUGAUCUCAUAUUCACAAGGUGAAUUUCCAACUGUUUAUGUUCCAACAAUUUUUGAAAACUAUGUCACAAAUGUUAAAGGUCCAAAAGGUAAAGUCAUUGAAUUAGCUCUUUGGGAUACCGCUGGUCAAGAAGAAUAUGAUAGAUUACGUCCGUUAUCAUACCCAGACGUCAACAUUUUAUUAGUUUGUUACGCUAUAAAUAACAUCACAAGUUUACAAAAUGUCAAAGAAACUUGGACUCCAGAAGUUAAACAUUUUUGUCCAGGUAUACCCAUCAUAUUAGUUGGUACAAAGAUGGAUUUAACUUCAUCAAGUGAUUCAAGUGUGGAUUUCCAUGAAGCUGAAAAAGUUGCACAAGAAAUUGGUGCUUCUGAUCAUAUCAGAUGUUCUGCCAAAACAACAGAAAAUGUGAAUCAUGUGUUCAACGUUGCUAUUGCUGCUGCUUUAAGAAGUAUAGAAGCUUCUAAUGCUACCGCUGCUGCUGAAAAUAGGAAAUCAAUGAAGAAUAGAUUCUCAAGACAAUUCAAAAAAAAUGAAGCUAUUGAAUCAAGAGAUGCUUCACCUCCACCACCAAUCUACUCAGAUUAUUUCAAGAAUUCUGAAUACGGAUUUGAUGAUAUUCCAGUAUCUAAAAAGAAAAAGAGACGUUGUGUUAUUCUAUAA